UGAACAUGAUGCACGUUGUAAAACUUAAAAAAAUCCCUCAAGAAGAUCAAGUGACCAUCUCUCCUCCUUCUGUUUUUCUUGUCGGCUCCUUUCCAACUUUGUCAAGGAUGACUUGUUCGCCUUAGCUUCCCUCCUUUUUCCUUUCUAUGCAAUCCUUUCCUCUCACCCUCACUUCACUCUUUCUAGUUCCUCUCUUUUUUAUGUACUUUUGGCUUGUACUGUAGCUUUUCCCAAUGGGUCUCGGAUUCGGCUCCGCCUGGAGCACCCCUCGAGGCCGGAAGCUGGUUGCCCUCACUCUCUAUGCCCUAACCAUGUUUCUUGUCGUGCCCCUCCAUCAGCUAGACGACGACUCCCCGGGUAUUUACGGCCAUUUGACCGAAUACCCCAGCCAUGAAGGCAUUGCUUACGACGGCGGGGGUAGAACAGAAGCCCAAGACGACGACAACAAACCCGCCGGAGACAAGCAGCCACAAAGCGGCAACGCCUACCAAGAGAACGACAACAACAAAGCAGAAGACAAGGAGAACGGUACCCUGAGGAAGGAGGCCGAGGGCGCCGGUGGUCCACUUGAAGAUGAUGGUAAGGUCGAGGGCGACAACAAAAAACAUCAAGGGGAACCCAAUAAGAGUGGAGGCAGUGAUGGUAAGCCUGAGAACGAGGAGACCGCCGCUGAAGGCGCCGGUAGCCUAAUUCAGGAGGAUAAGAAGCCUGAAGGAGUCCUCACUUCUGAAGGUAAGGGCAACACGGGCAGUCAGAACAACGACGACGACCAGACCGUGACCAAGUACUUUGGUAGCCAGGAGACCAUCAGUGUCGUCCUUGAGACUAAGCCUAGUGAACCGGUAAACGUUGAGAUCCCCUCAGGUCCGCCGUCGAACCUGAACAGUGCCUGUGACGGAUUCCCCAACACAGACGGUAUCCUGCUAGUAAUGAAGACGGGUGCUACCGAAGCAUACACGAAGCUCCCGACCCAUCUCCUGACGAGUCUGCAGUGCUUGCCUAACUUUUUACUUUUCUCUGACCUUGAGCAACAAAUUGGCAAUUAUCACGUCUACAACGUCCUCGAAGAUGUCAAAGAUGAGGUCAAGCAGGGACGUAAGGAGUUUGAUCUGUACAAGACGCAGGUCGAUUGCCCCAUUCCUCAGCAAUACUGCACGGCCGACAUGAAGGGUGGUUGGGAACUUGACAAGUACAAGUUUAUUCACAUGAUCGAUCGUGUCUGGGCGAUGCGCCCCAACAUGGAGUGGUAUGUGUUUGCCGAAGCCGAUAGCUAUGUCUUCUGGUCAAAUCUGGUCUGGUGGCUACGCAACAAGGUCAACGGGCAAGAGACACCGUAUGUCGGAAGUGUGACCAUGCUCAAGAAUACCCGCUUCGCCCACGGAGGUAGUGGCUAUGUUAUUCACGGCGAAACCGUCAAGAAGAUGGCGGAGAUCCCAGAUCUAGUGGCCAAGUACGAUCAGAUGGCUACACAUGAAUGCUGCGGUGACUAUCUCAUGUCCUUAGCCGUCAUGGAGACGGGUAAGAAGGUCAGGCAGGCUCACCCGAUGUUCAACGGCGAGAAACCCGUCACGCUACCUUUUGGAAAUGAACAUUGGUGUGAACCUCUCUUGACCAUGCAUCACAUGAAUGCAGAGGAGGUCAGCUCAGUAUGGCAAUAUGAGAAGACGCGAGAGAAGAAGGGUCCCCUCCAAAUCAAGGAGAUAUACGAAGCAUUCUUCGGCCCAAAUAUAAAGGAGAAGCAGGAUGAAUGGGACAACUUUUCCGACGACGUUUGCUACAUCGGAGUCGAGCCCGAGGCCCAGAACAAGGCUUCUGACCACCAGAAGGGCCGACAGAAGAAGGAAGAUCAGAAGAACGCGGUUGAGCAACGCGCUCACCAUGAUGAGGCGCACUGCGCCAAGGUUUGCGAGGCUGAUGGUCUCGGCAUCACCAACGACGAGUAUUUCAGCCUUAGCAACGACGAAAAGCGCAACGCUCUCAUCAAGGCGAGGUACGACCUACGCAAAGAUGAUAAGGCGUUUCAUGGGUCUCGUCGCUGCUUCCAGUGGCGCUACCACAAGAACGUGUGCUGCAUCGCCAGAAGCUUCAAGAACGGCAAGCCCAAGAAGGAGGAGAAGCCUGGGGAGAAGUGGACGAGCGGUUGGUUCGUCCAGGGAAUCAACGACUGGAUCGCCGCAAAGGGCGACUGCGAGCCUAAGUGGAAGGAUCUCAGCUAAGCCAGAUUUCCCAGCACAUCUGUACAUUUCUAAAUAUCUAUCGAAAUGGGGUGAGGGCAUGAGGGUGGUUGUUUUUAAACUAGGCUGGCGAUUAAUUCAACCAUCAACUCAAUCCCGUCAAUUUUAUGGAAGUUGAAGUCACGUGCAUCAAUUCAAUCAA